GGCUGGCUAAGGGAACGUGUCCCUGGGCGCUUGCGGGGGCCGCCUCUGCCGGGUCGGAAGUGCGGGCUGCGAGAUGGAGCAGGCCGAGGCGCACAACGGCAGCGGGGCGGCCGAAGCCCCCACGGCCGGCGCGCGGCCCCCGGCCACCCCGGAAGGCAUGGCGCUGGCCUACGGCAGCCUGGUGGUCAUGGCUCUGCUGCCCAUCUUCUUCGGGGCGCUGCGCUCCGUCACCUGCGCCAAAGGGAAGAAUGCUUCAGAUAUGCCGGAGACCAUCACCAGCCGAGAUGCGGCCCGUUUUCCGAUCGUUGCCAGCUGUACCCUCCUAGGCCUCUAUCUCUUCUUCAAAGACGCCUGGCUGCAAAUGUUUGCCCCCGGAAGAAGCGCGAGCUUUCUCAAGGAUCGUCUGGAUACCCAAACGGGCUCCCCUUUUCAGAGGGAAACACGCGGAGCAAACAUCUUCCCAGACCUUAUCUUUUCCCAAGAAUAUAUCAACCUCCUGCUCUCCAUGUAUUUCUUCGUCCUCGGGAUCCUCGCCCUCUCCCACACCAUCAGCCCCGUGAUGAAUAAAUUCUUCCCAACCAGCUUUCCCAGCAAACAGUAUCAACUUCUUUUUACUCAAGGCUCCGGAGAAGCAAAAGAAGAGAUUGUGAACUACGAGUUUGACACCAAGGAUCUCGUCUGCCUGGUCGUCAGCAGCGUGGUGGGAGUCUGGUACCUGUUGAGGAAGCACUGGAUUGCCAACAACCUCUUCGGCCUGGCCUUCUCUCUCAACGGGGUGGAGCUGCUGCACCUCAACAACGUCAGCACGGGCUGCAUCCUCCUCGGAGGCCUCUUCAUCUACGACGUCUUUUGGGUCUUCGGCACCAACGUGAUGGUGACUGUGGCCAAGUCAUUUGAAGCCCCCAUCAAACUGGUUUUCCCUCAAGAUCUGCUGGAGAAGGGCCUGGAAGCCGACAAUUUUGCCAUGCUGGGCUUGGGAGACAUUGUGAUUCCGGGUAUCUUCAUCGCUCUCCUCUUGCGCUUUGAUAUCAGCCUGAAGAAAAACACCCACACGUACUUCUACACCAGCUUCGUGGCCUACAUUUUUGGACUCAGCGUGACCAUCUUCAUCAUGCACGUCUUCAAACAUGCUCAGCCAGCUCUCUUGUACCUGGUCCCGGCGUGCAUCGGCUUCCCUCUUCUGGUUGCCUUGGUCAAAGGAGAAGUGACCGACUUGUUCAGCUACGAGGAAAACUCUACCCCGAAGGAUAUGAAGGAAGAGGCUACAGGAGAUGCGACAGAGACAAACGUUGAGAAGAAAGAGAAAUAACUCCGAGCGACUGGCCAGGCUGGGCUUUCUUCCCCCCCCCCGACCCCCCCCCCCCGACCCCCUUCCCCAUCGCAAAUGGUUUUCGUUUUUCUUUCCCAAGCCAACUGGGUGGCAUCACGGCCGCAUGUCGGGGUGCGCUUGUGUCUCUGUGCGUCCGUCCGUCUGUCUCUCUCUCUCUCUCUCGGACUUGAUGCAGCUCCAGAUCUGCUUUCCUGGACCUGGAAACCCCCUCCUCCUCCCCCCCCCCCACCGAGGAGGAAGCAGGCGGGUGGCGUAUGUGUGUGUGUGGUGUGGAGUUAA